AUGGUCCACAUCAGCGAGGCAAUCAAGAAUGACCACAAGAAGAUGCAGUCUUACUACUAUGCCAUAGUGAGUUCGGAAGACAAAGAUGAGCAAGCCCGUAUCCAGAAGGAGUUUAUCGGGGAGCUCUCACGCCAUGCCGUUAGCGAAGAGCUGGUGGUUUAUCCUGCAAUGGAAGAGUUUUUAGCGGAUGGAAUGGCGAUCGCAGACAAAGAUCGGAAAGAACAUUCCACGAUUAAACAACGAGUUGAUGCCUUUCAGGAUUUGAGCAGCUCCGAUCCACGUUUCCUUCCCACGAUCGCAGGCUUGAUGGAUGAUCUUGGCAGAAACUUUCAUGAUGUAGAGACAAUCGAUUUACCAAAGCUGGAGAAUCACAUUACUUCCGACGAAAGCGAGCAGUUGGCAAACGCUCUGCAACGAGCCAAGGUGUUUGUGCCAUCCGACUCACGUCCAAGUGUGCCAAACAAGCCACUCUUUGAGACUGCCGCCGAGAUGAUCACGGCCCCCCUCGAAAACCUCCAGGGGUUGCUCCCUACAUGGUUGGGGGAUGAUCCGGACCCAAAACCAGCAGAAUGA